AUGAGGAAGAUGCUGGCUGCUGCUGUCCCUAGCGUGCUGUCUGUUGUCACCCAGAAGCCCGCUAACAGGGUGCUUGUGGCAUCCUGUAACUAUUCAAAUGAUGCUACAUUUGAGAUUAAGAAAUGUGAUCUUUAUCGGUUGGAAGAGGGUGCCCCUGUCACCGCAGUGCUCACCCGGGAGGAUGGACUCAAAUACUACAGGAUGAUGCAGAACAUUUGUCGAAUGGAAUUGAAGGCGGAUCAGUUGUAAAAACAGAAAUUUAUUUGUGGUUUCUGUCACUUGUGUGAUGGUCAGGAAGCUUGUUGUGUGGGUCUUGAGGCUGGGCUAAAUCCCACGGAUCAUGUUAUUGCAUCCUGUCAGGCUCACGUCAUGUGUACUCGUGGACUUUCUGUCCCAUCAAUUCUAGCAGAGCUGACAGGUCGAAGAGGUGGCUGUGUUGAAGGAAGGGGAGGGUCAAUGCAUAUGUAUGCCAAUAACUUCUAUGGAGGCAAUGGCACUGUUGGUGCUCAGGGACUGCUGGGAGACAACGAGGUGUGUUAGACUCUACAUGGGAAUGGUGCCGCUAAUCAGGGUCAGAUAUCUGAAGCUUAUAAUAUGACAUCUGUGUGGAAUUUACCUUGUAUUUUCAUCUGUGAGAAUAACCGCUAUGGAAUGGGAAUAUCUGUUGAGAGAGCUGCAGCCAACACUGAUUACUACAAGAGAGGCAGUUUCAUCCCUGGCCUAAAGGUAGAUGGAAUGGAGGUUCUGUGUGUUCGGGAGGCAACUAAGGUUGCAGCUGACUAUUGUAGAUCUGGAAAGGGGCCCAUACUGAUGGAGCUGCUGACAUACCAUUAUCAUGGACACAGUAUGAGUCACCCUGGAAUCAGUUAUCGUACACGAGAAGAAGUUCAGAAUUUAAGAAGUAAGAGCCAUCCUAUCAUGCUUCUCAAAGAUAAAAUGGUAAACAACAAACUUGCCAGUAUUGAAGAAUUGAAGGAAAUUGAUGUUGAAGUGAGGAAAGAAAUCGAUGCUGCUGCUCAGUUUGCUAUAACCGAUCCUGAACCACCAUUGGAAGAAUUAAGCCAUCACAUCUACAGCACUAAUCCACCUUUUGAAAUUCGUGAUGCAAAUCAGUGGAUCAGGUUUAAGUCAGUCAGUUAA